AUGUCUUUGGCUGUUUUUAGUUUUUGGGUGCCUAUAAUCUUUCAAAAAUUGGAAGGGGUCUUCUUCUGUUUCUUCUCCCGAAAGGAGACUUUGAGUUUGUUCUAUAUCAUUCAUGGUCAGUUAAACUGUUCACUAUUCCGGGACCAAGAUUUGGUCUUCUCGAUUUGCUUUACUUAGCUAUGCCUGAAAGACUCUUUUUUUGCUCUGAUUUUGAUUUGUAUUUCUAUUUGGUGGUCUUUUUUUUUUCCUUCUCCCCUUUAGCUUCAAUUGCCGACGGGCUCAUACUUCUUUCUCAUCAAUAACUCUUGCCUUUUCCCCUAAUUUUCAUUUUCUAGAUUGUUUGUGUGAGGAUGUUGCUGGAUGUGUGGGGGGUGGCGUUGGAGUCUCAAUUGGGUCCUCCACAUAAAAUAACGCUCCCAUCCAAAGCUUUUUCAAUGCUUGUAACAUCAUCUUUGCUUGGUGAUGUAUGAAGAUUCGAGUUGGGUUUCUUUGAUCUUAUAAUAGCUAGCUUGUUGUGUUGCUGCUACAUACAUGGUUGGUGGUGGGGUUUGAAGCAGAGAGAGAAAAAGUUUGUGAGAUAUAGAAGGCCUAUUGUUGUUAUAUAUGCUGAAGCCUAAGAAGAUAAGGCCCAGGGCAAGAGAGAGUAGAAGCAGUGGAAGUAGAGGAGCUUGUGACUGUUUCAGAAACAGCACAAGAAGAGAGAAUCUUUCCUUCUUCAGAUGUUAUCCAUUGAAAACCCUCCACCAGAUCUCCCAUGUUCUUGCCAAAUUCUUCAUCUGAAAAAUUCUAGUGAUGAGAGGGAAUCUUCUCAUAAUUUUCCCUUGCCAGAGGUAGAUCUGUCUAAGCCACCAUCACCCCUUAAUGAUCAUACCCCACUUUCUAAUUUCUCUAUAAGGGAUUAUGUAUUUACUGCCCGGAGAAAGGAUAUCAAGACCAACUGGCCUUUUUCUCUGAAGAGUUUGCAACUUUGUUUCAAACAUGGAGCUAAGGAUGUAUUGCCACCAUUUCAAUCAACUGACAGGGUGAGGAAUCAGUCAUUAAAGAGAUGUAUGGUUGAAGCUAGUGGUUCGUCUGAUAAGCAAAAGAUUAGGAACUUUGAUGGAGAGAGUUGUUGGGAGGACAAUCACACGGUGAUAAACUCUUCGAGCAAUGCCGAAUUGAACGGUCACAUAGCAGAAGCUUGUGCGGCCGCAAGUUUGUGUAGAUCUGGGGAAGUAAAUGAUUUCCCAUCAACAACAACUAUUUCUCAAUCUGAAAUAGAGUCAGAUCCUGUUAACAGGCCAUUGAGUCCAUUGUUCGAAACUGAUACAUUGUUGGACUCCCCAGCUGAAGUUGAGGCUGUUGGUCCUCCAGUUAAGCGCAAGGGUGAAAACCAUACUCAACCAGUGAAGAAGAAGUGCAGAUUGAUAGUGAAAUUUGGUGCCAAUUCUGAUCGCAGUUCCAUUGAAGAUAUCAGCUCUAGUUUAACCACUGUACCAGAAACAAUGGCUUCUAAAGUUUGCCCUGUUUGCAAAACAUUUUCAUCUUCUUCAAACACUACCCUGAAUGCUCACAUUGAUCAGUGCCUUUCUGAAGAGCCAACAUCCAAGUGGACAUUGGAUUCUAAGCUAACGAGGCAUAGAAUCAAGCCAAGGAGGACGAGACUUAUGGAUGAUAUUUAUGCUAUGGCUCCUAGUUGUACGUUGGAAGAGCUUGACAGAAGAAAUGGCACAAGCUGGGCUGUAUCUUCAGCUUUGCCUGCUCAGGAAACUGAGAAGCUCGAGAGAAAAUCUGAAGGGAAAAAGCAAAGGGUGUCAUUGGUUCAUCCCGAGGAUGUUGGUGAUGUUGGCGAUGUUGGCUCCGUUUACAUCGAUGCCAAUGGCACCAAGCUUCGAAUUUUGUCAAAAUCUAAUGAUAUACCUUCCUUCUCAAAAUUAGAGGCAGAUUCUGGACCAAAGAAAUCUUUGAAAGGCGAUAAAGGAAGCAAGUUGCUUUCAAUGAAAAAUAAACGACAUGCACAAAAACCUCUCAAGCAUCUGAAACUUGCUCCUAAAAGCAAAAAAUAUUUCUCCCACAAGGCCCAUGGUUCUCAGAUUUGUGGGGAUCAGAAGCAGUAUCUUGGAGUGGAAAGAAGUCGUGGGGAAGAACCACUAAUGAUGAAGCAAUUCAAACCCAUUGAUGCUGGGACUCUGACGCAAUGGAUGUGUUCCAAACGUCGAGGUUUUACAAAGAAACUCGAUGAUCAAGACAACAACUAUCCUUCCAGAUGCAAAAGGCAUGCAGCCCAGGAUUUUCCAGCUGGGUAUCGCUAUCGAUCUCUAGGUGAUUCUUCUUCAGAGAAGAAUUAUGUUCAUAAAUUUACAAAUCUGUCUGAGGUUCCAGUUUCUUCUCCUCGAACCAAUUUGGGAAUGGAGAAACUAUUUUAUGAAGUUCCUGUUACUGGCAAUAAAGAGCUGUCUCCUGGAAGGACAAUGGUGGGAAGUCCCUUAAUUGAAGCUCGGAACAGUGAUGAUGUAGAGAGGUCGUUACCUCUUGCUAAAAAAAAAUCGAAUAAGUUGAGCAAGGAAGCCACCUCUUUACAUGAUAGCUUUAUGUCAAGCUCUGCAGGAAAUCAUGUAUCUUCACUGAGCAAGAAGUCAACAGAUAUUUCUGGUGUUGGUUCAGUUGCUAUCACAAAAUCAUACAGGAGUAGUCAAGCAGUUGUUCCUAAACUUUUGAGGUUCUCCUCCGGCAAGGAAGAUGCCUUGUCUGCCAGCAGCCAGCUCCCUCCCAGUGGAUUUACCUCUGGUGCAAUUAAGAAAGGUUCUGCCCUUAAGCGAUCACAGGUGCAUUUACUGGCAGGAGUAGACAAAAAGGUAUUGACUUGGCAUUCAAAGCCAGGUUAUGGUGGAAAUCUAGCUGAAGAGCUCACAAAUGAAGAAGUGUCUCUGGGGAGAUCUCGAAGAAAAGAAGCCAUGGCACUGAAUAGUUCAAGAUCCACAUCUCAUCCUUUUCGUCAUGCUGAAGGGGUUCACAUGGAUGGUUCCAUUAAAGUUGGUAAUGAACUUGUAAGAGUUGGUGAUCUUGAAUCUGCUAGAGAUGAGGUUGGGUUCCAUGAGGACACUGUCAUUGAACCAUCAUCCAUGAUAGUUGAUGUGGGAAGUUUUACUAAAUCUCCAGAUAAAGAACGUGACAAGCUGGGUAAAUGCUCCAACGUCAGCUCCAUUUCUCACCAUCUCACUGAUGGUUAUGAUGGCCUUUUGCAUGGGGCUGAAGCACCAAGUAGUCUGAACGAGCCAGGUUGUGAGGACAAACAAGUGAUGUAUUGUGCUGAUGAAGUGAGCAGUGGCAUGAUUGGACCAAAUGAUCAUUUGGGGGCAGAAUUAGAUGUUGAGCAACAAAAUUCUUUUCCUGGGCUUGAUCCAAUACCCAUACCAGGACCACCAGGAUCAUUUUUGCCGAGCCCUAGAGGUGUGGGAUCAGUAGAUUUUCAAGCAAACUCAUCAUUAACCACAAAUCAGGUCCAGUCUCCUCAAGAUCGGCGUGACUUGCUCCAUGGAGAUUCGUCAGAUUCCCUUCUAUCUGCGGCAUCUACUGUCUGUAACACCAUCGCAGGCAUGUCCGACUAUAAGUAUCCAGAACCGUCAUCAUUGGUGGGGCCUUACGCCGUUCACAAUAAGCAUGGAUCAGGCGCGCAUGCUAACAUAAAACCUUCAGUUGAAAAUUUUGAUGCACUCCCACCGAUCUCAAGUACUGGAGCUUACAAUGAGGAGUGUCCUAAAUUGAACAAGUCUUCCUUUGAAAGGAGCUCUUUUGGUUUUAAAAUGGAUGAUCUCCCAUGCUAUUGCCAAUGGAAGGAGAGACCUAGUCAGGGCAUUACUUUAAAUUAUCAAGAAUCGGAACUAUUAAGGCGAAGGAAAAUGGCCUCAGUUACCGUGCCUACCAUAGGAAAGCAAAUGGGCUACAAUUUCAACACAAGACCCACUAAUUUGGAUGAGAGGUUUCCUCUGAGUAGUUGCCCAGGGUCUGAAAAAGAAGUUCGCCCCAUAUUUAAAUCUGCGACAGGCUCCGUGUCUUCAAAGGACUCUCCUGAUGCAGGUGUGACAUUUUCAACUCAUGAUGACUGUAAUUCUACUAGUGCAUCAGCUGCUUCUAAUCCUGUACUAAGGCUGAUGGGAAAGAACUUAAUGGUGAUCAACAAAGAAGAAGAUGCAUCUACACCACAUGGGCAGUCUGAACAACUUGCCCCAAACGACCAUGUCGCCUCUCAGUUGAACUUAAUGGUGAUCAACAAAGAAGAAGAUGCAUCUACACCACAUGGGCAGUCCGAACAACUUGUCCCAAACGACCAUGUCGCCUCUCAGUUUCCCGCAAUUUCGAGAAGCUCUCCUGUUGGUGUAGAAUAUCAGGAGGGUCAUUACUUUCAUAGUAUGGUCCCUCAAGGUUCUUUGAUAUUUGGUCAAGAUCAUAGCACAAUGGGGCAAUGGUCAACUUUUAGAAGCCACUGUGAUUUGGAGUCAAAACAAGGACCUGAAAGAGUGGCAGCAAAUAUUUUCAUAGACCCUUGCAUGGGUGGCAGCUUCGGCAAGUCAUUGGAGCCUCCAAUGCAUGAAGGGGAUUCGCCAAAUCGACUGGCUAACCCGAAGAACAGAUUGGUAAAUAAAGCGAGAUCAAUGUUGGAUAGGGAAAGAGGUAGAAGUCGUCUUGAUCAGGAAUGCAAGCAUGCAGAUUCGUCUCCCAAUCACAUGAAAGAAAUUAUCGUAAUUGAUGAUACUCCCGAAGGUGAAGGUGAAGGUGAAGGUGAAGGCAAAGGCACUGUGAGUACUGCUAAUGUGGCCGCGAAAUACUCUGAUGACUGGAGGGGAAGCCAAGUGGUUUUUUCGGGCAAGUCAAAUGCAGCAACAGCUUCGAGACGUUUGAUUAAUCCUUUACCUUGUUAUCAGUCACGGGACCUUCCUCUCCCCGAUCAUCAUCGGUCAGUGCUGCAGAAUUCCAACUUUCAUGCAACCACCUCAAGGAUAGGUGUUGGAAGUAGUGGUGGUGUUAGGUGGAGUACUUGUAUCAAAGAGGGUUCGGGUUCGGGUUCAGGUUCAGGUUCAGGUGUGCUGCCACAAGGUCUUUUUAUGGGUCAAUCGCCAACAACAGUUCCGCUGAGAUCGGUGCUCUAUUAUUCUCCAAGCUAAUUACAUUUUCUAUCGACGGUUCUUAAUUCCUGAUGGGGACUUAAUUUUGUAUGACAUGCAUGUCCUUCUUCUGAUAGCUAAAUAAUGGUAAUGGUGGCUUGAGCAAGGAAAGGAAAGCCACUAUGAGUUGAGCAGUAGAAGAUAAGAUACUGGAAAUUAAAUCGACUAGUUUGCAUGUACUUGUAUUAACUAUUGUAAUGCAUAUCAGGCCAAGUUAAUUAAUGCUAGCUGUUUUUAGGAGUUUGCAUACAUACCUUAAAAAGAUUUUGGAUAAACUUGACUAUGUGUUAUAAGCUAUCUCUGAAUAAUGGCUUACCAAAGAGGAACCUUAAGUUGUCCGAAGCCAGUGAAAGAAAAGUUCAUAUAAAUAUAUACAUAUAUAUAUGGUUCUA